CGUUCAUUGUACAAUUUCUGAAAAAAUUGCAGUUUCUCUAGUUGAAAUUUUCUCAGUGAAAUUUCUAAAAAAUGAAUUCUGAUGUAUUAGCACUAUUCAUUAUUGCUUUCCGCAAAAAAAUAUCAGAAACACUUGAUCGUACAGCAACAGAGAUUAAAUUAAAGAAACUGAAAACGACAUGGAGCGAGUAAUAAUCUCAUAAGAGAGUUACAUUUUUAUAAUGAUGAGAAAUUCAUCAAUUACUUUCGUAUGACUCCAGAGGUUUUUGACAAAUUAUUUACUGCUGUCGAUCCAUACAUUACAAAACAAGAAUGUGUUCGAGAAGCAAUACCUCCAAAUAUACGAUUAGAAAUAUGUCUACGUUACUUGGCUUCAGGAGAUAGCAUGAGAUCUCUUUCCUAUGCAUUUCGAGUAGCACAUAAUACAAUUUCAAAAAUUGUGUCCGAAACGUGCGAAGCAAUUUGGAUUGCAUUAAAGGAUACAGUUUUUGAACAACCCAGCAAAGAUUUGUGGAAAAAAAUAGCAAACGAAUUUGAAGAAAAUUGGGAUUUUCCGAACUGUAUAGGAGCAAUAGACGGAAAACAUGUCAUCCAGGCUCCUCCAAAUAGUGGAUCUUCAUUUUAUAACUACAAGGGUCAACACAGUAUCAAUUUGCUUGCUGUUUGUGAUGCAAAAUAUCGGUUUACUUUCAUAGAUAUUGGAGCGGAAGGACGGCAGAGUGAUGGUGGAGUGUUUCGAAAUAGCAAAUUAUAUACUUCACUGGAAGAAAAUUCUCUACAAAUACCAUUACCAGUAGUAGUUGGAACCAAUGGUCCCAUUUUGCCAUAUGUGAUUGUGGCAGAUGAAGCUUUUGCUUUGAAAAAUUACAUGAUGCGACCAUAUUCUCGACACAGAGAAAAUCCGCGAAACGCUAACUCUUAUACAGAAAGCACCCAUGGAAGCCUCAAGAAGAUUGUCACAUAUUAUAAAUAUAUUUAUAUACCAAUAGUAGUUACAAAAUUCUCAUCAAUGUGUAGAAAAUGUAUAGUUUCAUUGUAG